CAGGCAACCUGCAUGAAACACAUGAAAGUUUGUGCUUGCGCCAUGGCGGUAGAUUCGUGAAUGCAGAAGGACGUCGUGAGCAGCAGGUGCAAGGAACGGAAAGGGCCAGGGAGGGGAGCGCUCUGUGGUUCAAAGUGUAGAACUUGGAGUCACGGGGCAGGCUCUCCAGGAACUUGUAUAUCUUUAAAUUGAGGACCAGCGUGCUUUGCAUGGUGAUUGAAAGCUUUGCGAAGACGAGGUAGCAUAGGAAUCAACCCUGGCCGGGGGUGCGGGCGCGUUUUGGAAUGUACAGCGCCAGUAUGACCAUGUACAGCAGCUCGCCCCCUAGCAGCACGUUUGUGUCCACGACUGUCACUGGCUUCCAGCCAGCGAGUGUGGGUCAUAGCAGGGCAGGAAGCAGUGGGGGUCAGUCUAGGUCCGCUGUGGAGUUGGACUUCAGCAGUCGCACUUCUUCUAGCAAGGGCCAUGUCAAGGGUGGUCUCACGACUUUGUUCGCGGGGCAAAAGUCAACAAAGGUUGUGAACUUGAGUUCAUCUGUGGACUCUGUGGAGUCAUCUGUACAUAUCAAGAGGCUCAGUGGGAGUGAUUUUGGCAGCCUGGGGCGUGACAGUCCUCUUGGACGGAGUCUUCCUGUGAGCGUCCCGCAGAAUUCACGAGGGAAGAGCCCUGUCUCAGUGCUUUUUGGGGGUUCGCCUGUUGCGUCUCUCUUGUCGCAUGAUGGGAGUCAAGGCCUCCCGCCUCUAGACCGCAGCCAUCAGGCAGAUAGGCAGCAGCGGAAAAGCUCAGGCACGCUAUCUGAGGUUAGAAGGAGGUCGCUAAGGGGUCACGAAGAUGACGGGACCGUCAUUCUGUCCCGGCGGGUGUUGGAAGAUGACCCUGAAUCGCCCCCAGAGUUCAGUUUACGAGCAGGGCUUCUGGAUAUCACUUUGGAUCUAGACCAUGUAGACGAAGAGUCGCUCGCUUCGCCUUCCGCGCAGUCCCUCCCAGCGUUCCUAUCCCCAGCAACUCUUCAGCGCAACACGUCAAUGGGCCGCUCCUUUGGUCUGGACAGCCCUGAUGUAAGGCCUCAGCAGUCCGGUGCUUUCAGCCCUUAUCCAGCCAGGAGGGAGCUGGAGCCUCGGUCACCGAGACCGUUAAGAAAGCUGACGGCAGAGGAGCAUCUUCUGAAGGCUCAGGAGCUGCAUGGUCUCUUCAGCGAUCCGCUGGUCGUGCUCGCUUUUAGGAUAGCAGCAGAUGCACAUGAGGGCCGGGUACGUCGGAACGGGGAGCUGAACAUUGUACAUUGCUUAGAAGCGGCCAAGAUCCUAGCAGAAAGCACGCGGGACAGGGUUAUGGUUGCAGCAGGGCUCCUACAUGACGUUCUAGACGAUACGCUGAUGUCAGAGGCCGAUCUGUUCAGGCAGAUUGGCCCGGAAGUCACAGCUCUAGUUGCUGGCGUCACCAAGAUGGGGAACAUCUCGCAGAUUGUGCGGGACACGGCGGAGUCCAGCGGGUUGAUGAACGUGGACAACUUGCGGACUCUCAUUUUGGCCAUGUCGGAUCCGAGAGCAGUGAUUGUGAAGCUAGCAGACAGACUGCAUAACCUACGCACGCUAGAUGCGCUCCCGCGCCAUAAGCAGCUGGGGAUUGCUCGGGAGACGCUGGAUGUGUUUGCGAACCUGGCGCGGCGACUAGGCGUUUGGAACAUCAAGACCGAGAUGGAGGACAUCUGCUUCAAGUACCUGAUGCCUGUGGAGUAUGGCAACCUGAAGGCUAGGCUGGCAGAGGGCUACGAUCUGCACGAGUCAGUCGAGGCGGCUGUGCGAGAGGUCGAUGCGGCGCUCAGGGCAAAGGGGAUCGGGUACCUGGACCUCUCAGGAAGGCCAAAGAACCUGUACAGCAUCCAUUCAAAGAUGAAGCAAAAGGGCCGCAACAGCCUGGAGGACAUUUACGACGUGCGUGGAAUCCGCAUCAUCGUCAACUCGGUCGCCGACUGCUACGCUGCGCUCGAGGUCGUGCAGACGCUCUGGCACCAGAUCCCCUCCAAAUUCAAGGACUACAUCAAGUCGCCCAAGAACAACGGCUACCAAUCGCUGCACACGGUGUUGCGAGACAGGGACGGGUACCCGAUUGAGGUGCAGCUGCGCACGGAGAGCAUGCAUGUCGCGGCGGAGUAUGGCGUGGCGGCGCAUUGGCGCUACAAGGAGUGCGUGGUGGGGGGUAACAAGGCGAGCUACUCCAGUCAAGUGGUCGCCUGGGCGCGCUACAUCAUCUCGUUCCUAGUAGAGGCGUCCGACAACAAGGUCCGAGUGGCUGGCCACGACAGCCGCCCUCCCCCCUGCCCCUUCCCCGAGCACGAGGCGAGCUGUGCGAAUGCCCCCCUCGCGGCGGGGCUGUGCCUGGACGGUAUUGAUGGGGCGCCUGUGCUCGUGAUUGAGCGGGAAAAUGAUGUGCUGACCGUCCGGGAGCUGCCAGCUGGCACCACCGCAGGCGACCUCAUCAACGAUCGCAUCAAGCGCGGGCUCCCUGCCAACGCCUCCGCUGCACUCCCCGUCAUCAACGACCACGAGGCCGAGUCCGCAGCGCAGCGUCUGCACACUGGUGAUGUGGUCGAGAUUGUGCUCACGUGCCCCCCACCCCUAGUUGCUCCCGAGCUCGUGGGCGAGGAAGGGCUGCUGCCGCUGCAUGUUCCGGAUGCGUCCCAGAUUCAGCAACUGGACGAUGCGGUGUCGGUGGAGCUGAAUGAGAAGCUGCGGUCGAUGCGCUCGGGGGAGGCGUUGUCGGACGGGUGGGUUGAGGUGGGAGUGGAGCAGAGCGCGAGCCGCAUGCAGGUUGCGCGGGGCUAGAGGAGAGCCUUGAAAAGUAGGGAGAUGAAGUAGAUAUGUAGAGCUAGAAGGUGGCAUAGUUAUCAAAGCGCACUCAUCGAGCCGGUCUUCGAAAGGGUGCUUGCAUACCAAGGUUACUUUGCAUAUUGGCGACUCGUUGGCAACUUAGAUUGGUCAAAAUCGCGGUAUAGUGCGUGUUACAUCAAGAUCGUUAGGGACCUGGUGAUUGUAGAGUGUUCGACAAGCGGGUGGUUGUUUGAAGAGUAUUUGUACAUAUUGUAGAACCAUGUAAACUGUACAUAAACCAAUGUAGUUCAAUCAGCCAGGUUAAUUUGUCUCAUAGCUUGGUUACAAAGCCUGCAAGAACAUAAUAACACGGAUGAUUCAUUGUGGCCACUUGUCUCCGACAUUGUGUUUGUGCAUCAAAUUACCAGGUUAUUCCUAAUGUGACCCGAUCGACGGAGCUUAUUUUGGAUGCCCUAGUGCAUUUACUACCUAGGUCCAGAAGUCUACCCAAUCACGUACUUUCCU